CGUAGAAAAAGUUUUCAUCAACAGCCGCCAUUUUGCGCUGGAGAGACUGAGAAGUAUUUCGGAAUUUGUCGUGUAAAUUUUCUGUUUUUUCUUACAUCAUUUAUCAUAAACUUUACCAUUCCGUAUAUUUUAAAGUGUUAAGUGAAAUCGCGUAGUUAGAUCGGUAAAAUAAGGUCUAUUAAGUAGCGAAAUCUGGUGAUAUUGUUUUCAUUUAUUGUGCUAGUUCCGUCGGAAGAUGGUGAGAGGGUCUGUGUAGCUCUUCGCUUCGGAGCUUUGUAAUGGCGAAUACUUGAGUGAGAAAUUUUAAUAUGUGCCUUCAUUGGUUUGGACGACAUCGAACGAUCGGGAUGUGGGUGAAUUACGUUGUGAUGGAUGACAAAUCGCUCUAAAAUGUUAAUUCUUGAAGAUAUAAGACAUAAAAGUGUUAUUUGAAUCGGCGGGCCGAAAUAUUCACGACGGCUUACGUUUAGUAAACAGAGCCAUGGCCGAUCAUCAUGUGGACGAGCCGCCUAAUAAGCGGGCAAAGAUGAUCCGGGACCCUUUCCAGGGUCCCUCUGACACCGGAGAUUCUGGGUUCUCCAACCUGGACAUGUUUGACCUGGAGAAAGAUCUUCCUGAUGAGUUGAUGGGUUCCUGGGGAGAACAGCCCGGUGUAGCAGGGCCCAAGCCACCGGCGCAGGGACCCGGCCCUGGGGGGCAACAACAGCUAAAUGGAGAUGACCCUACAGCUGCCAUGCAGAGACAAAUAAACAAUCAUCUUAUGCAACAAGUCUUUUCACAGGGCAACAAGAGUGGUUUAGUUGGCCACAACAACCCAUUGGGGUUGAGUCUAGGUAGUAAAAGUCCUAAUUUGCAGUCGCCGCCUAACGUGUCUGUUUCUAAGGACCUCAUGGGCAAUAUGCAUCAGCAACUUAUACCAAAUACAAGCCAUCCAAACCAGUUGCAUUCAUCCAUGCCGAUGAGUUCCAUUCAAGGUGGGAUGAACGUGGCGAGCGUGGGCAACAUGGUGGUGACGAAUAGCAGCAUGUCCGGGCCCGGCAUGCUGGGCGGCGGCAUCAUUAACAACGUCAACAAGCAGCUGCCGACGCUCAUGGCGAACAGCCACCACGCGGCGCACGCGGGGCACGCCGCGUCGCAACACCACCCGCACGCGCAAGCAAUGCAGAACGGCCCUCUCGCCGGGCGAGUGGGGGGCGUCGGUGGAGUGGGCGUGGGCGUCGGCGUAGGUGUGGGCAUGCAGGCGCCCACCAUGCGCACGGGGCUGGCGCACGCCGCGCACGCAGCGCACGCGGCGCACAACACGCACGUGGGGCACGGCCACACGCGCAUGGGUGCGCCGGGCGGCGGCGGACACCCCCUGGCGCCCUACCACCCCGCCUACGGCCAGCCAGCGGCGGGCGGUGCGGCGCAACGCGCGGCCGGCGUACGGUUCGGGCCCCCUCCCGAAGCUGGCGGCGGCGCGGCGCAGGCCGUACCGCCCGCCCCUUCCCCUCAAACCCCGGGCGCGCCCGCUGGCGGACAGUCGCAGCCGCAAGCGGCGACGCAGAGCGCGGCGGGCGCGGCGCCGCAGCCGGGCUCGGGCUCCAUCGCCGACCCGGAGAAGCGCAAACUCAUCCAGCAACAACUGGUGCUGUUGCUGCACGCGCACAAGUGCCAGCGCCGCGAGUCGCAGUCCAACGGCGAGACGUGGCAGUGCACGCUGCCGCACUGCAAGACCAUGAAGACCGUGCUCAACCACAUGAUGUCCUGUCAGGCGGGGAAGAACUGUGCGGUACCUCAUUGUUCAUCGUCGCGACAAAUAAUCAACCAUUGGAAGCAUUGUAACAAGAAUGACUGUCCCGUCUGCUUACCUCUCAAACAAGCGGACCGGACUAGAACAAACACUAUGAACCCGGCCGCGGUGUCCCACUCGACGCCGGGCGUGGGGUCGGUGGGCGGGGUGGGCGCGGCGGGCGGCGGCGUGGGCUCCGUCAGCGUCAACGUGGCGGCCGCGCCCGCACCCAACGCCCUCCCGUCCGUUAACCCACUGGCAGGAGGCGUUACAGCGACGGCAGCACCCACGGGCAACUCCGUCGGCAGUGUGGGCGCGGUAAGCUCCGUGGGCGGCGUGGGCGGCGUGAGCACCGUGGGCGGCGGUGCUGACAUGAAGCGAGCGUAUGAGGCUCUGGGCAUUACGUGUCCAACGUCAGUAGCGGGGAUGGUGGGCGGUUUCGCGAGAGCGCCUUUCACCCGCCUGCCCACGCCGAGGCCGCCCGGGCUGUCGGACGUGUUGCCGCAGCAACAGACCAUGCAGCAGCUAUUCACGCACCAGCAGCAAUCUGACCUGCAGCAGCAGUCGCAACAGCAGCAGCAGCUGAUGAGUGCAGGCACACUGCAACUGCCGGGACAAGUCACCGCCAACCCUGUGUCCGGGACGAAAGAGUGGCACCAGUCUAUAACACCCGAUCUCAGAAACCACCUUGUUCAUAAACUGGUUCAAGCUAUCUUUCCGACGCCGGACCCGACAGCAAUGCAAGACAAACGAAUGCACAACCUAGUAGCAUACGCGAAAAAAGUUGAGGGCGAUAUGUACGAGAUGGCGAGCACGCGCUCCGAAUACUAUCACUUACUCGCAGAGAAGAUAUACAAAAUACAGAAGGAGUUAGAAGAGAAACGGCAGAAGAGAAAAGAGCAGCAGUUGCAAGCGCAGCAGGCGCAACAACAGCAGCAACAACAACAGCAACAAAACCAGUUGCAGCAACAACAACAACCCGGCGUGCUAGGCGGAAGUGCUGUGAUGAACGUGCGGGCAAACGUGCCCGGCGUGGGGGUUGUGGGGGGUGUGGGCAGUGUGGGCGUGGGUGUGGGGCGGCCCAAUCUACCCACGCAGCCCGGACUUCCGGCGAUGCGCAUCCCCUCGCCUGGCAUGCCACUGACGAUGCAGGGCAACCGCAUGACAUAUCAACCUAAUCUCGUCGGCCCACCUGGACCUAGCCCCAAUCAGCAUUGUAUACAGAUGCCGCACACGCCGAACGGAGGCAGCGUGGGCAGCGUCGGUGGCGUGGGCAGCGUGGGCAAUCCGGGCAUGUCGCCGUUCGGGCAGCCGAUGACGUCCCCCGCGCCUCAGUACCCGCUCACGAGCAAUGGGCCCCCGCUCGCGUCUCCGGGGCUCAGUGCGGCGGAUAUCAAACGCAGCGUAGCCAGCCCGUUCAUGAACCACUCGGGGGCGUUUCGGGGGGACACCAGCGGUGCGUCCCCAGCGGGGGGCGGAGCGGCAACGCCGGCCACGCCCCUCGCGCACGCCAGCCCCGCGCCUGACGUCCGGCCGUCGUCGCGCCCGCCCUCCGUAGCAGCAACAGUCUCCGCGCAAAUGGCCGCACUGAACGCAGCCGCGGAUGACAGUCCGCCCGACAUAAAACGGGAGACGGACGACAUACGUAUCAAAGAUGAACAAGAAGAAGACUGCGGUGGAAAAGGCAUGCGUGACGAAACUGCUGACAAGGACGUGGUCGACCGCUUCGAAAGGCCCGACCCGUUCAUCAAGCAAGAAAUCAAACAAGAAUUACAAGAAAUCAAGAGAGAAAUAAAAGAGGAAACCACGGAGACCACUACAGCGGAUGGGACCGACCGGGGUCCAAAGAAGAUGUUUGUGUUCAAACCCGAAGAGUUGCGGCAAGCGUUACUGCCAACGUUAGAAAAGCUGUUUAGACUAGAUCCAGAAUCAUUACCGUUUAGACAGCCCGUCGAUGCAACGGCGCUGGGCAUCCCGGAUUACUUCGAUAUAGUUACAAGGCCCAUAGACCUGUCGACGAUAAAGUCCAACCUAGACCGUGGCCACUAUAAGGACCCGUGGGCGUACGUCGACGAUGUUUGGUUAAUGUUCGAGAACGCGUGGCUAUACAAUCGGAAGAAUUCGCGCGUCUACAGAUAUUGCACUAAGUUGUCGGAGGUGUUCGAGGUGGAGAUCGACCCGGUGAUGCAGAGCCUCGGCUACUGCUGCGGGCGGAAGUACACCUUCAACCCGCAGGUGCUGUGCUGCUACGGCAAGCAGCUGUGCACCAUCCCCCGCGACGCCAAGUACUUCAGCUUUCAGAACAGUCUAAAAGCGUAUGGGGUUGUGUCCGAUAGAUACACCUUCUGCCAGAAAUGCUUCAACGACAUCCAGGGCGACACCGUGACGCUCGGCGACGACCCGUUGCAGCCGCAGACAAUAAUAAAAAAGGAUCAAUUCAAAGAGAUGAAGAACGAUCAUUUGGAGCAGGAACCGUUUGUAGACUGCUUGGACUGUGGGAGGAAGCAACAUCAAAUAUGUGUACUGCACCACGACCAAAUAUGGCCCAUAGGCUUUUGCUGUGAUAACUGUCUGAAGAAGAAGGGAGCUAAGCGGAAAGAAAACAAAUUUAGUGCUAAGAAACUGCCCACUUCGAAGCUUGGCAUUUAUAUUGAGACGAGAGUUAAUAAUUUCCUUAAGAAAAAAGAGGCUGGCGCGGGUGAUGUGCAUAUAAGGGUGGUUGCAUCGUCUGACAAGAUUGUGGAAGUUAAACCUGGCAUGAGAACGAGAUUUGUAGAGUCAAGAGAGUUAUGCGCUGAAUUCCCGUAUCGGGCUAAGGCGUUAUUUGCAUUUGAGGAGGUUGAUGGCACUGAUAUUUGUUUCUUUGGGAUGCAUGUGCAAGAGUAUGGUAGUGAGAGUCCUUCGCCAAACACGAGGCGUGUAUAUAUAGCAUAUUUAGAUUCUGUACAUUUCUUCCAACCGAGGCAAUAUAGGACGGCCGUGUAUCACGAGAUUUUAUUAGGAUAUUUGGAUUACGCUAAGCAAUUAGGCUAUACGAUGGCGCAUAUUUGGGCCUGCCCGCCUUCCGAGGGCGACGACUACAUAUUCCACUGCCAUCCGCCCGAACAGAAGAUUCCUAAGCCUAAGAGGCUACAGGAAUGGUAUAAAAAAAUGUUAGAUAAAGGUAUAAUAGAGAGGAUAAUAUUAGAUUACAAAGACAUUCUUAAGCAAGCUAUAGAGGAUAAUAUAUUGUCUGCGGCGGAGCUGCCUUACUUUGAAGGAGACUUUUGGCCCAAUGUACUGGAAGAAUCCAUCAAGGAACUGGACCAAGAGGAAGAAGAAAAGAGAAAGCAAGCCGAAGCCGCCGAGGCAGUGAUAUUCCAGUCAUCCGAGGAAAACGAACAAGGCCCCGACGGCAAGAAGAAAGGCCAGAAGAAGGCGAAGAAAUCGAACAAAUCCAAAGCCGCCCAGAGAAAGAACAGCAAGAAGCAGAGCGACCAGCAACAGGGCAGUGAUCUCAGUGCAAAGAUAUUUGCCACCAUGGAAAAGCACAAGGAGGUGUUCUUCGUUAUAAGGCUACAUUCCGCGCAGUCUGCCGCUAGUUUAGCUCCCAUCCAAGACCCCGACCCGCUGUCCAACUGCGACCUGAUGGACGGGCGGGACGCGUUCCUGACGAUGGCGCGCGACCGCCACUACGAGUUCUCGUCCACGCGGCGCGCGCGCUUCUCCACGCUGUGCAUGCUGUACGAGCUGCACAACCAGGGCCAGGACAAGUUCGUGUACACGUGCAACAGCUGCAAGUCGAGCGUGGAGACGCGCUACCACUGCACCGUGUGCGACGACUUCGACCUCUGCUGCCCGUGCUACGACAAGGAGGGCCAUCCGCACAAGAUGGAGAAGCUCGGCCUCGACCUGGACGUGGGCUCCUCGCCGGGCGACAUGAAGCAGGCCAACCCGCAGGAGGCGCGCAAGCUGUCCAUCCAGCGCUGCAUCCAGUCGCUGGUGCACGCGUGCCAGUGCCGCGACGCCAACUGCCGCCUGCCCUCGUGCCAGAAGAUGAAGCGCGUGGUCACGCACACCAAGAUCUGCAAGCGCAAGACCAAGGGCGUGUGCCCCAUCUGCAAGCAGCUCAUCGCGCUGUGCUGCUACCACGCAAAGCACUGCCAGGAGACCAAGUGCUCCGUGCCCUUCUGCAGCAGCAUCAAGCAGAAGCUGAUGCAGCAGCAGGUGCAGCAGCGCGUGCAGCAACAGCAGCUGCUGCGCCGGCGCAUGGCGGCCAUGAACACCAACACGCGCGCCGGGCCCGCCUCCGCGCCCUCGCCGCCGCCCGCGCCCGCGCUCGCCUCGCCGCCGCCCGCCAAGCCCACCGCGCACGCGCUGCCGCACAACGUGCAGAAGGCGCUGCAGCAGGUACAAGAAGAGGCGGCGCGACAGCAGGCGCCCUCUUACGGCAAGCAAGCAGCUAUGGGUCCACCUGUGGUCGGCUCUGUCGGUGUGGGAGUGGGAGUGGGGGUGGGCGUGGGCCCUCGCGGCGGCGAGUGGGGCGCGCGCUACCGGGCGCCGCCCCCGCUGCACCACGCGCACCACCGCCUGCCGCACCACGCACAGCACCAACAGCUGCACCCGCAGCACCCGCAGCACGCGCCGCAGCAGAUACAGCAACAGCGGGCGGUGGUGCCGCCGCAGCAGCAGCCCGCGGCGCCGAUGCACCAGAAGGCGUUACAGCAGCUGAUGGCCACCCUUCGGUCGCCCACCAGCCACAACCAGCAGCAAGAGAUCCUGCAGAUCCUCAAAUCCAACCCACCGCUCAUGGCCGCCUUCAUCAAACAGAGAGCACAGAAUGCCCAAAACCAGCAACAGGCCGGUGGCGGCGUCCCCGUUGGCAACGUCGGCGUGGGCAACGUGGGCGUGGGCGGCGUGGGCAACGUGAACGUGGGGCUGGGCGGCGUACAGCAGCAGCCGCAGCAGCUCCAGCACAUGAUGCAGCCGCAGCAACAGCGGCUGCAGCAGAUGCACCAGAUGCUGCCCCAACAGUCACAGGUGGGAGGCGUGUCCGGAGUGGGCGGCGUGCCCGGCGUGGGGCUGGGCGUGAGCGGCAUCGCGGGCGGCGCGCCGGCGUGGUACAAGCCGGGCGGCGGGCCGGCGGGCGGCGUGGGCGCCGUGGGCGGCAUGAUGGGCAUGCGCGGCGCGUACGCGGGCGGCGCGGCGCCGCGGCUGGCCACGCGCUACUUCCCGGGCAGCGGAGUGGGCGCGGUGGGCGGCGUGGCCGUGCUGCAGCGCUCGCCGCCCGCCACGCCGUCGCCGCGCCCGCCCACGCCGUCGGAGCUGCUCAUGAUGCGCCAGUCGCCCGCGCCGCCCGCGCCGCACGCGCCCGACGAGCAGCUGCCGCCCAUGACGCCGCAGGACCAGCUCACGAAGUUCGUGGAGCAGUUGUAGUGUACAUAGUCGAGGCGCGCCCGGUCGCCCUGUAAAAUAUAAGCUAUCGCGGCCCGCGCCGCCCCGAGCGCCCCGCCCCUCCCCCGCACUAUUUAUUGUCUGGUCGAUGGUACCGCUAGCGACGCGAAGGACCUAUUAGUAUUACGAUGAACGAAUCGAGCGCUCAAUGUACAAAUGUAAAUAUGAGAAGAGUACAUCCUGUCCGCUUUUGCGUAAUGUAAGUUGUUCGUAGUGUAGGUACAUUAAGUAUGAUACUUAUUCUGUUUAUUGUAAUUAAAUCAUUUUAUAAUAUAAUUAUGUGAUGAUUAUAAAA